GUCUUCGUGUGCGACGUCCAAGAGCGGUUCCGCGCGGUCGUCGACGGCUUCGCGCACUGCGUCCACGUCUCGAGCGUGAUGUGUCGAGCCGCGGAGAUCCUCGACCUCCCAAUCGUCUGCACGGAGCAGUACCCGGAGAAGCUGGGAGCGACGGUGGAGGAGCUCCAGCCCGCGCUCGCGGCGAGGCGCACGGCGCCGAAACCGAAGAAACUCUUCUCGAUGGUCACCCCGGAGGUCGCCGCCGCGCUCGACGCGCUGCCGAAAUCGCGCGACGUCGCGCUCGUGAUGGGCCUCGAAGCGCACGUGUGCGUGCUUCAGACCGCGAUGGAUUUGCUCGACCGCGGGAUGACCGUCCACGUGCUCGUCGACGGCGUGAGCUCGCAGAGAGCCGGGGAUCGCGCGGUGGCGUUGGCGCGGCUGGCGUCCACGGAGAGGUGCUUCCUCUCCACGAGCGAGACGGCGCUGUUCCAGAUGCUGAAAACCGCGGAGUCGGAGUGCUUCAAGCCGAUCAGCGCGCUCGUGAGGGAGCCGCGGCCGGAG